AUGGAUAUAAAGACCUUGCUAGACAAUCUUCAUGAUGAAGUAUCCUGUUCUGUGUGCAUGCGUGCAGUCACGGAUCCAAAGCAGUUGCCUUGUUUGCACAGUUUCUGUCUUCACUGCCUGAACGGAAUUCAAAGAACGAGCAGCGUCCAUGGUAAAAUUACAUGCCCCGAGUGCAGGAGACAGUUUCAAAUCCCUGGAAGUGGAAAUCCUAGCGAACUUCCCACCAAUUUUCGUAUCAACAGUUUUUUAGAUGUCUUGGCAAUAAAAGAAUGCAAUACAGCAAACGUGAAAUGUGGAAACUGCGACAAGCGAAGCGCUCAGACCUUAUAUUGCUUCCAGUGUUGUUCUUUCUGGUGCGAAGAAUGUAUGUUAGGACAUAACAUAAUACGCACCAAUAAAGAACACAGAACGCUGGCACUGAAAGAUUUUCAAGAUCAAGACAUCGAGGCCGUGUUAAAGAGACCGGCAUUUUGUCAGAAGAAACGACAUGAAAACAAAGAGUUGGAGUUCUUUUGCAAGGACUGUAAAGUCGCCAUUUGCAACACUUGUGUUGUAACACUCCAUGAAGGUCAUGGUAAGAUGCUUUUGGAAGAAGCUACAGACGCGCGCAAGACUCAGAUCUACUCCAUGACUCAAUCUUUAAUAGAAAAAGCACAAGAAAAACGAAAAAAACUCGACCAAUUGAACCAAAAGAGCACGGGCAUUAAACUGCAAGUUGCCGACGUUAAAAGCCAAGUGCAGAGGAAUGUGGAUCAAGUUAUUGCAAUCAUCGAAGCGAGGAAACAGGAUGUUUUUGAUGCAGUCAAUAAUCAAGCGCAAAAAUCACUGAAAUCUCUCUCACAGAAAAAAAACCAAGUUGAAAAUCAAGUGAAAUUAAUUGAAUCGGCAAUUGCUCUUGUGAAACGAAGCUUUAGUACUGAAAUCCUUGGAUUCAGUGAAACAUUUGAUGCAAUCCUGCAGGAACAGGGCACCCAACAAAACCGUGACACUGAAUGUAUCCCUCGGUUUAGUUUCACUAAAAGUAAAAAACUGCUUAACGUGUUGAACAGUGAAGGGAUAGGUAAUGUAAAAGCUUGUUUAAGCGAAACUAAAGUGCCACAAUCAGGAGCUAAAGGUAAAGAAAGUAGUAAAGUAAUUGCUAGGAAUAAAAGGACAACUAUUCGUGACAGUCCUUUAAGGGCUCAGGUACAAACCAGGCGCUUCAGAUCUGUUCUGUCAUUUGGACAAAAAGGUGAGUCUAUUAGAAUGUUCUCCCGGCCCUGGGGCGUAGCAGUGAAUGAUCAGGAUGAAAUUGCUGUGACACUCUCGAACCACAGGGUUUCGGUGUUUAGUAGUGACAGUACCCACUUAAGAUCGUUUGGUAGAAUCGGUAACAAUAAUGGUGAGUUCCGGUACCCUAGAGGGAUCGCUUUUGAUAGUCAUGGCAAUAUUGUAGUGGCAGACAGUUUGAACCACAGGGUGCAGGUCUUUGAUAGGAAUGGUAACUUUCUUGGUAAGUUUGGUAAACAAGGAAGUCGUGACAAUCAGCUUAAAUACCCUGAAGGUUUAUCAAUAAACGGUAACGGUGAUAUUAUUGUUGCUGAUAAAGGUAACAAAUUAAUCAAGAUAUUCACUUCUAGUGGGGAGUAUUUACGUAAAUUUGAUGGAGCAGGUUCUUUGGUCGAACCUUAUUACUGUAUCCAACACGGUCAAUAUUUUAUAGUCUCAGAUGGUGAUAAUCAUUCCAUUAAAACUUUUAAUCUGGAGGGAAAGUUUGUUUCUAAAUUUGGAAAACUGGGUAGGAAAGAUGGAGAGUUCAGUUGUCCUCGUUUCUUGUCAGUCAUUAAAGAAGGAUUACUAAUGGUCUGUGAUUCAUACAAUCACAGGGUUCAGUUAUUUGAACUGAGUGGAAAGUUUUUUACAAAAUUUGGCAGUAAAGGUAGCGGAAGAGGAGAGUUCAAGAAUCCAAUUUCUACAGCAAGUCUUAGUGAUGGAAGAAUAGUUGUGUGUGAAUUUUUUAACAACCGAAUCCAGGUAUUUGAGCAUGAAUGA